GAACAGCAAGUAUCGCUUGGACGCAGAGCAAAAUGCAUUUUAGAAAUUUUAACUACAGUUUUAGUUCUCUUAUUGCCUGUGUGGCAGAUAGCGAUGUCUUCAAUCAAGCAGAAACAAGGGCCAAAUUUGAAUCACUGUUUAGAACAUACGACAGAGAUAUCACCUUUCAGUAUUUUAAGAGCUUCAAAAGAGUACGAAUAAAUUUCAGUAACCCUUUAUCUGCAGCAGAUGCGAGAAUCCAGUUGCACAAGACAGAGUUCCUUGGAAAGGAAAUAAAGCUGUAUUUUGCUCAGACUUUGCACAUUGGCAGCUCACAUUUGGCACCACCGAAUCCAGACAAACAGUUUCUGAUUUCACCUCCUGCCUCUCCACCUGUUGAUUGGAAGCAAGUAGAAGAUGCUACUCCAGUCAUUAACUAUGACCUUCUGUAUGCUAUCUCCAAGUUAGGACCAGGAGAAAAGUAUGAGCUACAUGCUGCAACUGACACUACUCCUAGUGUUGUCGUCCACGUAUGUGAGAGUGACCAGGAAAACGAUGUGGAAGAAGAAACGAAGAAACCCAAACCAAAAAUUAUUCAGACAAGAAGGCCAGAUUAUACUCCUACCCAUUUAAGUUGAACUGCUGUUGGUUUUCCAAGGGCUAUAGGUAGACAUAUCCAAAGGAAACAUUUACCGUGCAAACAGCAGGUCACAUGUUUGGUGGCAACAGCAGCAGCUACGGGAGGAGAAAUUCCAAUAUAAGCUUGCUCAGAAAAAAUAAAGGAGGUUUCGUCCUUAUUUUUGGUGCUGUAGGUUGAUGGAUGUCAUCCGAAAUCACUGGGAACGAGAAAUAGGUAGAAGACAUUUUGAGACAUAAUGGGACAAACUAGGUUUAUUUUUGGGGG